UUCCGGGGCUGUGGCACGUCCCAAUCCUCAUCAGCGGCUGAUUAAAGGCGGUGGGGGCAGGGAUCAAACGCGCCGCGUCUCCAUCUGUGUACGCGUGUGUGUGUGUGUGCGCGCGUGUGUCUGUCUGCGUCGAGGCGGCCCGAACCGAGCUGACGGCAGAACGAGCCUAGCUGAGACACGCGGAGCUGCGACAGACCGCUGAAAAAAUGGCCGGUGGGAGCUCCGUGGAAGCCGUGAAGAAGAAAAUCAAGUCUCUGCAGGACCAAGUGGUCGCGGCGGAGGAUCGGGCCGCGCUACUACAGCGCGAGCUCAACCUGGAGAGGAGCGCGAGGGAAGCAGCCGAGGGAGAUGUGGCUUCCCUCAACAGACGCAUCCAGCUGGUGGAGGAGGAGUUGGACCGCGCGCAGGAGCGCCUGGCCACAGCCCUGACCAAGCUGGAGGAGGCCGAGAAGGCUGCUGAUGAGAGCGAGAGAGGAAUGAAGGUCAUCGAGAACAGGGCGAUGAAGGACGAGGAGAAGAUGGAGCUGCAGGAGAUCCAGCUGAAGGAGGCCAAGCACAUCGCCGAGGAGGCCGACCGCAAAUACGAGGAGGUGGCUCGCAAACUGGUGAUCAUCGAGAGCGACUUGGAGCGUACGGAGGAGCGCGCCGAGCUGUCGGAGAGCAAAUGCUCCGAGCUCGAGGAGGAGCUGAAGACGGUGCAGAACAACCUGAAGUCUCUGGAGGCGCAGGCGGAGAAGUACUCGCAGAAGGAGGACAAGUACGAGGAGGAGAUCAAGGUUCUGACGGACAAGCUGAAGGAGGCCGAGACCCGCGCUGAGUUUGCAGAGAGAUCCGUUGCCAAGCUUGAAAAGACCAUCGACGACCUGGAGGACCAUCUAUACAAGCAGCUUGAGAAAAACCGCCUCCUGACCACUGAGUUGAGAGUAGCCUUAAACGAGGCGUAGCCUGCGACGGGCUCUCGCUUGCAUUGGUUUCUGCAGUUCCAUGAGAAGGGAAUAGAAAACUGUCGCUUUUCAGUUUAAGCAGUGCAGAUUGUGACAUUAUGCAUACUCAGAGGUCACAGCAUUUGGGUUGUGAACAAUUGAACGAUUAGAUACAUCACCUCUGUUACUAGCAGGGCUGUAGCAACUUAAAAUCGGCGGUGCUAUUGGUGAGGCGAGCGACGGCAGAGGCAGUUAACAUCCUGCAGGUGUCCAGGACACUGUCUGCAGCCCUGGACCAACCUGCAAAAUGAAGGGCAGGUCAGGGUUUGAUGGAAACUAGUUGAGCAUUAACGUAACAGGUUUUAUUCUGUUCUGCAGCACCAACAACCAAUAGAAGCUUGUACAAGGUGUUUUUUUUUUUUUGAGCCACACUUCUUUUUAUCAUUAAAGUAGCAGUAAAGACUCAGACACUGGUUUGACCUUUUGACCUCAAACGCUGCAGAGCAAAUCUGAGCUAGGUUGACUGAAUAUGUAACUACUAAAUAAGCAUGAACAAACUCGCAGAAUUCACUCGAUGUGGUAUCACUUGAAGAUGGGUUGUGUGUCCACUAGCAUGUCAGGAUGUGUCUGCGUUAAAUCAAACUCUCUUAAAAUAAAUGGGUGCGAGUAAAAUUAACGACCAUCUAAGCUGCAUCUAAUCACUGUGUUUAAUGCAUCUAAAACAGAGCUUUGUCCGGACCUGUUGUUUUUAUUUUUUAUACCAGGUCCUGUUUAUAUCACGAGUGUAAUGUGUAUAGUUUUAGCUCAGUUUGUUCAGAGCUGAGUGUGUAUUUUAUAUUCAGCACAUGUCUAAGAUGAGAUGUCUGUGCUUUGAGCAUCUUUGUGUUUUGUUUAACUAAUACAAUACUGUAUUAACAGAUAAAGUCUCACGAGCUAAAGAAGAGAACCUGAGAAUAAAGCAGCUAAUGGAGCAGACUCUAAUGGAGAUGGUUGACAUUUGAGCUCGCUCUGUUCCUCCACACUUUGCUCUGAACGUGGCCACAGCAGCCUCCAUACGUGGCUGCUGCCGAUAGUGUGGGGAGUUGUGCCCCGUCUCUUCUGACCUCGUCAUCCUGAAGAAACGAGGUAGCACAAACUACACGACGAGCUGCAGCUACACCUUACUAUUCCCAUUACACUGUAAUCAAAGGUCAGUUAAGUCUUUCUGUCUUUAGGUUGACUUGGCUGAAACUAAUGCUGUCCUGAACAAACCCUUCCUUGUGAAGGUGGUGUUUUUUUAGAGGUUAUGUCGAACUGUUGAUUCAGCUGUGUGAUCCUUGUGGAGUCUGUGGUUUGUGCUGCUGCUGUCCAGUACUGCAUCAAAGAAAGGUUGACCUCACUGAUGUAAAUGGGGUCAACGAUGUACAGUAACUUUGAUGUAAUGCAGUUUAACAGCGCCAUAAACUACAGGUUCAGCAGUGAUCAUUCAAAUGAAUCAGCGCCUCGAAGAGGUUCAGCAACAACUGAACCCGAGCAGCUUUUCUGCAGGUCUAUGGAGUGGGACUUUCAUUAGUUUUAGCUUGGUGCAUCCACAACCAUCCACUAUUGGGGGAAUUUGCACUCUUUUGGUCAAAAAAGCUGCACAUCCCUGUGAACAAAGCCAAGGUUACAAAUUGUUUUAAUUGUGUACCUUUUUGUCAUUUCAGUUUUGUACACAUUUAUUCAGUGUCAGUGACGUUGUACGCUUCCAGUUUAAGUCUUUGCACUGUUGCUCAUAUCUGCUGUUUGGUUCCAGCUAAGCCAAUGAAGCUCCUGUUCACGUCUGUUUGUUUCUGAGAAGCGGAUGUUUGAAUGUAUUGUCAUUUUAUCUGAAAUGUAAAGCUCAUGAAUAAAUGUUUGAAGUAUAA